AUGCUCCAGCCAAUACAUCACUCAAAACGUCGAUAUUGGGAAAUUGGACUUGCGGCGCCAUCUCUGGAGUUCAAAGCUAACGACGAACCCAGCAAAGAGGGGAAAGACGAGGAAUGCGACAUGUGCUUAAUUUUUUACUUCUUCCACGUUUUCGAUUUGCCACGUGCGGACACCCACAACGUAGUGUGCUUUAUGUUGAUAAUUGUGUUUAAUUGCGAUUGUGUUUGCCAAAAAUUUAUUACGGCAUUACGAUGA